AAGCUAAAUGGAGUAGCAUUCCACCAAACAGCAGAGAACAACAGAGAGAAUCAGAAAAGAAGCGCGGGCGACCAGGGCUGCGUAUAUCCUAUUCUCGUUUCGAAAGGUCCAGAAAGACACUAACGGGAAACUCCAAAAAAAAAACAUUGGAAAGCAAGUGGGAAUUCAAAUUCACGCAUUUGAUUUGCAUAAAGUAGAGCACAUGAUUCGUUAAACUGUUGUAAAGAAAAGGAAAUACAAGCGUGCAGUGAAGCAAUUGGAAGAGAAAUUUCGGAAUGGAGGAUAAGAAACAAGGGAUCUGAGGACCGAAGAAAGCAAGAACUUUUCUAGACAUGGAUUCAGAUGCGAGGAAGAUAGCGGCCACGUGUCUGGUAGGUGGUGUGGUGGUGGCGGUAGGGGCCUCUUUGAUGCAUUUGUACAUUAAUGGUGCGUCUCUGCCGUUGGGAUUAGGUUUCGAAUUGGGUUGGCCGUGGAGAAGGUCAAGGAAGAAGAAGAAGCUUGUACGAGUGUACAUGGAUGGUUGCUUCGACAUGAUGCACUACGGUCACUGCAACGCCCUUCGUCAUGGAGAUGAUCCUUGCGUUCUUCCUGAUGGAACCGAUGCUUAUGCGCUUGCCAAGAAGGCUGGCCGCUACAAGCAGAUCAAGCGCACUGAAGGAGUCUCUAGCACCGAUAUCGUUGGUAGAAUGCUUCUUUGUGUGAGAGAAAGAUCAGUCAGUGACAGCCACAAUCAUUCUUCCUUGCAAAGACAGUUUAGCCAUGGUCACGGUCAAAAAUUUGAAGACGGUGGAUCUGGCAGUGGGACUCGGGUAUCUCAUUUUCUGCCAACAUCCCGCAGGAUUGUGCAGUUCUCAAAUGGGAAGGUAUGCAUACAUAAAUAGUUUUCAUCAAAAUCC